AAUUACAUAUAUUCGAAAAGAAAAGAAUGAUUGAAUUCAUUUCUAAAUAUAAAAGUCUUUUGAAUUUAUGCCGCCAUAUUAAAGUUGACAUAUUACUUAAUAAUUUAUAAUAAUUUAUACUUAAAAUUUACUUAUUUUUGAAUUAAUUCAAAAAUAGAUAUAAUAUAUUUUAUUAUUCGAUAAGUAUUGUUUCUUUUAGAUUACUUAAUUAUGACUAUUUAUCUUUGUACACGUGUUAAAUGAAGAGGUAGGAGAGGUAACCUAAAAUGAAAAACGAAGAACAGCAAAAGCAAUGCCAUUCUAAGAAAUCUGUUAGUAAGCGAACUAUGGAUAAAAAGGAUAAUAAAAAUACUCAGCGUAUGACUCCAUAUACGGAGCGUAAUGCGUCUGGUCGAAAUUGGGAAAUGUUUAGAAAUUUAGUAUUUAAUUCGCCAUCAUUAAAUCCAGAUUCUGGAAAAGAGAAUAUUAAAAAAAAAUCAUCACCACAUCAGAAAUCAAGAAAAAAGCAUUAUUCAUCUAUAUUAAAUGUGGAUCAUAUAACAUCACAUAAUGAUGAAGAAAUAAUUUUUGAUGAAAGUAAGAAGAAAUUAACAAAACAAAUAGCAAUUGAUUGUGAAAUGGUAGGUAUAGGAGAUGGUACUGAAAGUAUGUUAGCUAGAGUAUCUAUUGUAAAUCGUCAUGGUUUCUGUGUUUAUGAUAAAUAUGUAAAACCAAGAGAACCUGUUCAAGAUUAUAGAACUAAAGUUAGUGGAAUUAGACCUCAUGAUCUUCAAAAUGGAGAAGAAUUUGAGAUUGUUCAGAAAGAAGUAGCAGAAAUUUUAAGAGGCCGCAUUUUAGUUGGUCAUGCAUUAAAACAUGAUUUUGAUGUAUUAUAUCUUUCUCAUCCAAGAAAACAUCUACGAGAUACUUCUAAAUUUAAAACUUUCAGACAAUUAUCUAGAGGAAAUACUCCUAGUUUGAAGAAACUAGCACAUGAAUUAUUAGGUAAAGAAAUACAAACAGGGGAACAUAACUCAAUAGAAGAUGCAAGAGCUACAAUGCAAUUAUAUAUGCUCUAUAAAAAUAAAUGGGAAUCUGAACUCUAUUCUAAACGGUAAUUUGGAUUAUAAUGAACAAUCUAUACAUUUUUUAUAAAAAAAUUCUAAAAAUUUUGUCUAUAUAUAAAACAAAGUUCAAAUAUUUGAUGAAUAUUUAUUUAAAAAUUUAUCUUUUAAAUAUAAAAUUAUUCAA